GUUUGGAUAAGUUUACUUUUGAGGACUCCACACGGGCUUUAGCCAAUUACCUGGGAUUACCUGCAGCUUCAAGUACUGAACACUUUUCUUCUCCUCCUUUCAGGAAAACACACAGGUGUCUAUUCCAUGGAGCAAGAGCCACAACGUCUUUCAGGACUCAAUAUCAAUGGUGACAAUUAGACUUUGUGUGGACUGAACCCGCGCCUUCUGAUAAUGUCAAGGCCACAUUCUGGUUCUCUUCAUGGUGUGACUGUUGCUCAUUGUGUUACAAUUACGUUUUCUGGGUGGAGAAACACAAAAUUUUCAUGAUUUCACCAAUUUGAACCAUGUCAUCAUCAGAGGAUUUUUCACAUAUGCCAUUUCCCCCUAACUGGGAGCCUAGACUUGAUCCUCAAUCAGGAAAUUGGUUUUAUAUUAAUCAUGAAGAUAAAACAACAAGUUGGGAUGAUCCAAGACCUGCGUAUUACAGAGAUGAAGAAAUUAGGCGUUUAAAUACUUACGUUAUGGGUUUUGGUGAUCGACAGGAUUUAAUUGGGGAAUAUUUUGAUGUACCUGAAGAUUUUCAUAAACCACAUAAACAACAUUCAAAAAACAACAAUCCAAAGUCCGGUGAUGAUCGUUCGAUUGCCAGUAAAAAACAACACGGUCGAAGUAAUACUACUACUGGCAGGGAAAAUUCAUCAUCAAGAAUAAAAAGUCAUUCUAAACAAAGAAUCACACCGACGAAUAAGCGUGAAUCCAGAUCAAGUGUUUGUUCACAAAAUGAUAGUGAAUCGUAUCCUUCUUCAACUUGUGUAUCACCAGUUAUACACAAGACUUUGAAACGUCUUUCGAAUGCAUUAAAAAGUGAUGAUGACAGUCAUGAUGAUGGUGAUGAUAAACAACCGAUCGAAAAGGUGAACACCAGCCCAAAGCAAAUCGAUGAACAACUACCUCGCAUUAAUAAAUUAUCAUUAGAUAAUCAACUUCACAAUACGGUAGCUACCAGCGAUAUAAGUAAUCAAUGUAAAGAAGAGAAAGUGAAGUCACCAGCUGACAAGCGAUCAAUACUACAGAAUAACACACCAUUGAAAUCUACAGAUGGUGAGCCGAUAAAUUCCCUCUUAUCAAGCAAAAAACUUAAUCGAUAUCAACCUUGUGGUCCAAAUCCUAGUUUAUUGGGGUCCCGCGCCAUCCCCCGUGGUCCUAAUCCACAUCUUGUUCGUGGGCAUAAUGCAUCACUUGUCCGUGGUUCAAUUUAUCAACAGCAGCAGACUGUGAUUUCUUGUCGUGAAGUAUAGUGGAAAGAGAAAUUUAUCUACUUGUCUCUUCGUAUUUAGUUCGAGUUUGUUUAGCAAUAUUGUGAUUAUCGGAUUUAAUGAUUGCAGAUUUCCUUUGGUUUUUUUAUUUAUGCUCUCUCUCAAAGUUUCCAGUAUGAAUUCUAGUCUACUUUUAAAUCUUACUUACACUAUUAUUCUCGCAUCUUUAACAACGUAUUUACGUGUAAUUGACCACAAAAAGCAAUAAAAUAUUAUAUAUUUCUGUUCAAUCUGUGUUUUUGCAAUUAUACAAACGUUAACUUACCGUAGGACAUUAUUAUGCAACUUACAAUGAUGACGUUUGAUAUAGUUAUGGGCUUUAAUGUAAAUUUUAUUCGUUUUAAGAAGUAUAUUUCAGUUUGUAAUCAGUCGGACUCAAUCAGUAGUAUUUAGCAUGCAAACUAACAUGGAACCAAUCGAUUCUCGGUUCUUCUAUGGAUUAAUAAAUACUCAUGCCUCCAUCAGAG